AUGUUUUACGUUAUUUAUUGUUCUAUUACAGAGACCAUGAUACACAUGUUGUCAAUAAAAACCUUCCUUGGGCUUGUUCUCAUCUCCAUUGUCCAACCAAAAACGUGUAAAUGGCUUCGUCCCAAACAGGAGUAUCUGAACUCCCAGAUCCUAAAGACAUUUGAGGAAAUGAGUCCUUUUGAAGACUAUGAUGAGACCUGCCAGUAUGAUGAGCUUCCGAACAUUGAUGGGAUCUACAGCAUCUCACAGGUAGAAGCCGCGGCUCUCGCUGUUAGAGAAGUUCUGAACGAAACCAUCAGGUUCUACAGGAAACACCAUGAGAGUAUGGGGUGCAAGCAACAAGCCUGGGAAAGGUUUCAGCAGCUUCUCUACUAUCAGAUUCACCAACUGGAGGGCUGUAUCCCAGAAACAGCAGCGAAUCCUGUAUUUAACCAAACACUAUCAGAACAAUUUGCUGUAUUGGAGAAGUUCAUCCAAGAAGAGAAUACGCCUUGUCUACGGGACAUUAUUCAGAGCGAAAUCAGAAGAAAUUUACAACUGGCCGCGCAACUCUCCUCUCGUGCCAGAAGGCAACACUUGUUACAGGGGACUGCGUAG